GUUUUACAACAUAAAACGGACACGGUUGUGUCGAAACGUGUGAUAUACUUUAUUUCUUCAAGACGUGUAUCGUGAAUUUGUGUAGUGUAUAAUUAUAUGCAAUAGUGAAUAGUAUUUAAUGCAAGAUCACGGUGAAAUGAAAUACCUAUAUUAUUAUAUUAAUAAUGACAUUUAUUUUGUAGUGCUGUCGUGCUGAAAGUAUUUGCGACAUUGGAAAUUAAAAAUGGUUACAGUGGAAGUAGAAAACGGUAGUAACCAAGAAACUCCUACACCGAACAAUAAUUAUGUUUCAAAUAUUAAACAGAACGGUCACAGUAUAGAACCCAUGAAUCAGAUUCCUGGCUAUUUGUCAAUUUAUGCAAUAUUUCAGAUAAUUGGAAUAUUCCUUAUAUUAUCUGUCUUUUUAUGGCUUCAAAUUUAUCGGACUGGUUUUGGUUUUAGUGGAACAAUUCAUAUAUGCAACUGGCAUCCUUUAUUAAUGACAAUCACGUUUAUUUAUUUAUUCGCAAAUUCUAUCCUCCAUUUCAGAAAUUUUCGAAAUACUACAAAACGAAAAUUAAAAAUGCAUCAUGCAACAAUUCAUAGUUGCAUAGUCAUAUUUGGGGUUCUUGGUAUAUGGACUGGUUUAAAUUCAAAUUUAAUUGCUAAUCCACCUAUUCCAAAAUUUUACAGUUUGCACAGUUGGUUGGGAAUUAUUACUGUUAUAAUGUUCCUCUCUCAGUUUACAAGUGGAUUUAUAUCAUUUCUUUACCCUGAAAUAGGGAUGAAAUAUAAAAAAGUUAUGAUGCCGUAUCACAUAAUUUUUGGUAUACUGACGUUCGUAUUAUCUAUUAUAACUUCAGUUCUGGGAUUUAGUGAAAAAAUCAUAUUUGCAUUGAACCACCAGUAUGAGCAUACGCCGACGGAAGGACUAUUUUUAAACUUUGUAGGGAUAGUGUUAAUUGUUUAUGGUGUAUUGGUCGUGUACAUAUUGAUCAAACCGGAAUAUAAAAGAUCUUCUAAGCCAGAUGACGGAGUGACAAAUAAUAAGACUUGAACUUAAUUUUAAUGUUGUGAUUUUGUAUCUAAUUUAUUUUCAUGAAUAUACCUACCGAAAAAAUGCCUGACAACGAAAAUAUAUAUGGAUUGUCAAU